AUGGAUCUGGAAAAGAAGUCUGCUGAGAAGCCAAGACCGGAGGAUAUCGAUGAAGCGACAGGCGUUGGCGAAGUCCUGAACGCGUCGGGUCACAAACAGGAACUUGAGAGGAAUUUCAGUUUGUUGAGUAUCUGUGCGAUUGGAAUUACGACGGGGAAUGUUUGGGCAGCGUUGGGAGGGUCCAUCGUCAUUGCGCUCUACAAUGGCGGCCCAGCAGGUGUCAUCUACGAAUUUAUCGCCGUGGCAUGUUGCUACUUCAUGAUCGCGGCGUGUAUCGCGGAGAUGGCAUCUGCAAUCCCCUCAUCAGCGGGUGUAUACCACUGGGCUUCCGUCACAGGCGGAGCCAGAUUCGGGAAGGUAAUCGGUUUCUACGCUGGCUGGUGGAAUGCUCUAGGUUGGAUCUUCGGCACAGCAUCCAUCUCCUCCAUCCUCGCCAACCAAAUCAUCUCCAUGUACGGCCUCUUCCACCCCGGCUACGCCUUCGAGCGCUGGCACGUCUUCAUCGCCUACCUCAUCAUCACCUGGCUCGCCUGCUUCGUCGUCAUGUUCGCUAAUCGCGCGCUGCCUAAACUAACAAACAUCGGUCUCUUCUUCAUCCUCAUGGGUGUGUUCGUUACCAUCAUGGUCUGCGCCAUCAUGCCUAGUAGAACCGGAAAAGGGUACGCGACCAACGAGUUUGUGUGGAAAGACUGGCAGAACCAGGCGGGGUGGAAGAGCGAUGGAUUUGUGUUUUGCGCGGGCAUGUUGAAUGGGGCUUUUGCUGUGGGGACGCCCGACUGCGUAUCCCACCUCGCCGAAGAACUCCCCUCCCCCCGCACCAACAUCCCCAAAGCCAUCCUCGCCCAAUACACCGUCGGUUUCCUAACCGCCCUCCUCUACCUGAUAACAAUCUUCUACGCCGUAAACGACCUAGACAGUCUCUUCUCAAACCCCUGGCCCUUCCCCCUCGCCGAGCUAUACCGGCAGGCCACCAACACGCACGGCGGCUCCCUCGGCCUCUUACUCGUCAUCUUCGUCCCGACAUUCUGCACGAAUAUCGGGUGUUAUAUUACCUCCGGCCGCAUGCUGUGGACGCUGGGCAGAGAUGACGCGACGCCGUUUAGCAAGUGGGAAGUGGGAGAAUCCGUUUAA